UGAUCCCACGGUUGGCCUUGAAGAUGGCGCCGGUGAGUGAGCGUUCUUUGGGUGGGCGCGUUCUUUGGGUGUUACCCCGGUGUAGAUGAUUUUUACAUCUACAAAAAUUUUGCGAGUUGGGGACCUCUCAUUCGAGAUAAAGGAAGAGUUGAAAUGGAGACUAGGUCAGGAACACAAGCACGUUGUUAAAAUUACAAGUUGUUAUUUUCGAGACUCCUGGAGACUGCCAUGCGGUCUAGUAGAGUUCGAGCCCCGUCCGGAACUGGCUUGGGAUGGGUGGCUGUGGCAGCGCAAGGAAGGAGGAGGCACGACGAUGAACAAGGGUAGUAGGACAGCACUGGGGCCUUUUUCUUUUCAGUCUCGCUUCUGGAAAUGCCGAUGCUGUCCUAUUCGUUUGCACCAGGAAAGAAAUGUGGGUAAUCGGGCCGGUCUGAUAGCCUCGCCAGCGCGGAGGGAGCUCCGAGGCUACAAAAGUUUCAGAGAACUUUAGGACUCAAGGAAGAAUUGUCAUUGUUACUUCAUGAAGGAAUAUUUUUUAAAGCAGAAAGAUAAGAAGCCUAAGAAGUCAACCUGGAAAUUUAAUUUGGACCUUACUCAUCCAGUAGAAGAUGGAAUUUUUGAUUCUGGAAAUUUUGAACAGUUUCUACGGGAGAAGGUUAAAGUCAAUGGAAAAACUGGAAAUCUGGGGAAUGUUGUUCACAUUGAACGCAUCAAGAAUAAAAUCACAGUUGUUUCUGAGAAACAGUUCUCUAAAAGGUAUUUGAAAUAUCUUACCAAGAAAUACCUUAAGAAGAACAAUCUUCGUGAUUGGCUACGUGUGGUUGCAUCUGACAAGGAGACUUACGAACUUCGUUACUUCCAGAUUAGUCAAGAUGAAGAUGGUUCUGAAUCUGAAGACUAGAUAAGGCAGCCUCUUAUAGGGUUUUGCUCGCUAAUAAAACAAAUGAAGCAUGCAAAGGAAAGAAACAUCUAGAAAUGGACUUUUAGUUUAUUGGUGAAUAAAAAACACUGUACCCUG